AUGGCCAGUACUCUGUCCGAAGCGUACAGAGACCACCCGCAAUAUCUGCAUCAUAUUAUGCCCAUAGACUUUUCUUCAGUUCGCAGCCUGCCGGAUUCGCAUGCAUGGCCUCAAACAGUCGACAACGACGGCCGAUCCGGGCCGUCGUCGUCGAUACCCGUGAUUGAUCUCAUGGAUCCGAAUGCUGUGGAGCUGAUAGGGCUUGCAUGCGAGGAGUGGGGUGCGUUCCAAUUGAAGAACCAUGGGGUGGCGUUGAGGCUUCUGGAAGAGGUAGAGGCGGAGGCAAAGAGACUCUUCGCUUUGCCUGCGAAACAAAAGCUAAAGGCUUUGAGAUCGCCGAACGGAGCCACUGGUUAUGGACGAGCAAGAAUAUCGCCUUUCUUUCCCAAGUAUAUGUGGCAUGAAGGGUUCACUAUCAUGGGCUCUCCUUUCCAAGAUGCCAAGCAGAUUUGGCCUCACGACUACGCACCGUUUUGUGAAUUGAUGGAAGAUUAUCAGAAGCAAAUGAAAGUGUUGGCGGAGAAGCUAACAGGCAUGAUCUUGAGAUACCUGGGGACUUCUGAGGAAGAAGCCAAGUGGCUGGGGUCAGGUGGAAACACAGGAGCGGUUCAGUUGAACUACUACCCGCGUUGUCCCGAACCGAACCGAGCCAUGGGUCUAGCCCCUCACACAGACACGUCCCUCUUCACCAUACUCCACCAGAGCCAGACCAGAGGCCUGCAAAUCUUCAAGGACCAGGCAGGUUGGGUUCCGGUGCAGCCAGACCCACGAGCACUUGUGGUGAACGCCGGCGACCUGCUUCACAUAAUAUCAAACGCCAGGUUUCCCUGUGUUCUUCACAGAGUGAUAGUGAACAGGGUUGAGCAUCGAUACUCUGUGGCUUAUUUCUAUGGGCCACCUCUGGAUUACGUGUUGUUGCCUUUGGCCGAGGAAGCACGUUUUCGCGGCGUCACAGUGAAAGAGUAUAUCGGGAUUAAGGCCAAGAAUCUAGGGAAAGCACUGUCUUUGAUUAGCACUAAUUAAGAUUCAUUCUCAUCAGCUUUAUAAUCAUUUCCUAAUAAUCCUAUCAUCACUUCUGUAGUCUUUGGAUGGGGUUUCUCUUUUAGACUAUUAUCCACUUUAGUUUGUUCAAAAUCAGAUAUGCCAAGUUAGAUUUUUCUAUAUA